ACGCACCUUUCUGGAGCAGGCGCGACCAUGCGCCGAUUCUCGUAAGGGAGUUUGCAUGGAGGCUGACGACGUUCAAUGAAGCUGCCGCCAUGCGUUCCUUGGCCGGGUUGCGCAAGCGGGCGAUAAGAUGGAACAGCACCUCCACCACCGCCACCACCACCACCUCCUCCCCCACCUCCAACCCUCCCCAUGCCACGACUCCCCUCCGCUCCGUUCUGAUCGCCAACCGCGGUGAGAUCGCCCUCCGCGUCUCCCGCACUGCCUCGCAAUACGGCAUUCUGACCACUACCCUCUACACCGAGCCUGAUCGAACCUCACAACACGCUCUCUCCUCCCCCCACAACCUAAACCUUGGCAGCACCGAUCAGUACCUUAACGGCACCCGCAUUAUCGAACUCGCAAAACAGCACGCCAUCCAAGCUAUCCAUCCUGGCUAUGGUUUCCUCUCUGAAAACGCCGCUUUCGCCAAGGCGUGUACAGAUGCAGGCAUUAACUUCAUCGGCCCGCCAUGGAAAGCGAUCGAGGCGAUGGGAGACAAGGCGCGCAGCAAGGAGAUCAUGUUGAAAGCGGGUGUGCCAUGCAUACCCGGCUAUCACGGCAGCGAGCAAGAUCCGGGUGUUUUGGAGCGUGAGGCAGAGAAGAUCGGCUAUCCUGUACUGCUCAAAGCGGUCAAAGGCGGUGGGGGCAAGGGCAUGCGCAUCGUUCAGUCUCCCGAUGACUUUGCGUCACAACUGGAAAGCGCGAAAAGUGAGGCCCGCAGCAGCUUCGGCGACGACGUUAUGUUAGUGGAGAAGUACAUCACAACGCCACGGCAUAUUGAAGUCCAGGUGUUUGCGGACAAGCACGGCAACUGCGUCGCGCUGGGAGAGCGGGACUGCAGCAUCCAACGCCGACACCAGAAGAUACUGGAGGAGUCUCCUGCACCAAACCUACGCGAAGAGGUACGACAAGAUCUGUGGGAGAAGGCACGCCAAGCCGCUCUCGCUGUCGGGUACGAAGGCGCUGGCACAGUGGAGUUCAUCUUCGACAAUGACUCGAAGCAGUUCUUCUUCAUGGAAAUGAACACCCGCCUACAAGUCGAGCACCCAGUCACCGAAAUGGUCACCGGCCUCGACUUGGUGCAUUGGCAAAUCCUUGUGGCGGAAGGCCAUCCCCUCCCGCUCAGUCAGGACGAGAUCAUUGAACGCAUAAAGCAGCGAGGCCAUGCCAUAGAGGCUAGGAUUUACGCCGAAGACCCAUCGCUGAACUUCACGCCCUCCACUGGGACACUUCUACACCUGCGCACGCCCUCAUCCAGCGACAAUGUCCGGAUAGACAGCGGAUUCGUUGAAGGCGAUGAGGUGUCGAGUCACUAUGAUCCCAUGAUCUCAAAACUCAUCGUUUCCGGUCCUAACCGCACUAGUGCGCUUAGGAAGCUCGAACGCGCUUUAGAGGAGUACGAAGUCGGAGGCGUGGUGACCAAUAUCGAGUUUCUGAAACGCGUCGCUCGAAGUCCCAACUUUGUCGAGGGAGAAGUGGAGACUGGUUACAUUCCUAAACAUUAUGAUGAACUAUUCGCGAAAGAGGUAGUGGAUCACGAGGUCUGGAUGCAAGCCGCUCUUGGUCUCUAUGAAAAUCAACGGCAGCUGCAGCAAGGGAAUAGGCUCGGACAAGCCAUGGCCGGUCAAACGAUUGGUUUCGCCUCUACGCCGCAGCCGCGCGAAUUUCGUCUGGCGAAGUUGAGCUCAGACCCUCGACUUAACGCAAACCCAGAGCCCGUGAAUGUAAAGGUGUUCAAGACAGCUCCAAACACAUUCACGGUCAGUCUAGGCGAGACAACUUACAGCAACGUUACCGCCACCUACGUUCUGAGGCGCACCGGGACCGGGAAAGGGGAGCUGACCACGUUCUAUCCCCACACCCGUCUAACAACUACCCUCCUCCAUGAGCCACCUACUGCUCCCACUCAAGGUACAUCCAUAACCGUCUUUCACCUAGGUCGCCUAUACCGUUUAAGCCUGCUUCCACCCCCAUUUCUGGCAAAGGCUCUCGGUGCCACAGCCGCGAACGCGACCAAUUCCGUCUUGGCGCCUAUGCCGUGCAAAGUCAUCCGCGUGUCAGUGAAAGCCGGAGAUAGGGCGAAGGCGGGGCAGGAAUUGCUGGUGAUUGAGAGUAUGAAGAUGGAGACGGUUAUACGUGCUCCUUCACUGGGUACAGAUGAGGAGUUGGUCGUGAAGAGGGUGGUCAAGGGGGUGGGGGAGAUGUGUAAAGUCGGUGUUGCUUUGGUGGAGUUUGAGGAAAAGGAAAAUGAAGAUGGUGGUGGGAAGACUUAAGUAUUCUUGCGGUCUGUUGUGGAGCGAACGCCUGGGACAUGAAAGCUGGGGCCGAGGUAGUGAUCCUUCUGUCCUAGGGGGAGACCUACGGAUCGGAAAGUCAAUUGCUAAAAAAUUUGCCCACUUGCG